AGUUAAGCCCCACCCAGCACCCACCUCCCCCUCACGUCAGGUGAAGACAACAGUCAGCGAGAUGAGCCUGUUGAAGGAGGUGGAGCCAGGACAGGAAAUGGAGGGAAAGGUGCAGACCUGGGCUCAGUCUCUGGUGUACACGCUGGAGGAACUCGAGUGUAAAAUCUGCUAUAACCGCUACGACACGCGCAGCCGGAAGCCCAAACUGCUGGGCUGUCUGCACCGAGUCUGCGCCAAGUGUCUGAAGAAGAUGGUCGACAUGGGAGAGUCUUCGCCGUCCAUAAUCAGCUGCCCAUUCUGCCGCCACGAGACGUAUGUCCCCGACGAAGAGGUGUGGCUGAUGGAGGACGACCGGCACAUCCUGGCGGUCCUGUCGUGUCAGGAUCGUGCUCGGCGAGGAGGUGGAGCAGGAAGUGGCAGCGGUGGGGAGGUAGUGCUAAGUCCCAGCAGUCUGACAGGGGGCGGAGCUGCAGGCAGCGGCGAGGAAGCAUCCCACCGCUCCUCGGACUGUCUCGUCAUCACCAUCAUGGAGCUCCCAGAGGAGUCGCCAUCCUCAGAUUCACUGAGCAUGCUCAAUGUAGUGGGUCUGUACCAUGCUCCCAGUCUGGACUCGCUACCCUGCAACCUCCCAGGUCAGAAAUGCCGUGCCUGGACAUCCCGCAGCUUCCCACGCUGCCUGCUGGGGGUACUCUGCCUGGUGUACUUUAGCUCGCUGCCGUUGGGGAUCUACCUGCUGAUGAUUGGUCAGCUAUGGCUGGGCGUGGUCCUCGUCAGUCUCGUCCCGUCCACGCUGCUGCUGCUCGUCCUUUACGGCUUCUGUCAGUGUCUCUGCCACGAGCUAAUGGAGGCGCUUGCUGCCCGCACGCACUCGCUACCGUGACAACAAAAUGUAGCCAUAGAAAAGCCUGUAGACUGAGCCAUCACACUCUGAUAUCACUCUGACCCUGCCCUUUGUGAAUACCAGCAAGUCCCCCUCACACAUCCCCUUGGUGGAAAUACGGCCAAUCAGUGUUGAAUUACGUGAUGACAUCAUCACGUAUAGGAAGUGGAGACAGUCCUCUCCAGUCAGAAGACAUCUGCUGACUAAUCAGAGACAUGUUACUGUCCUGGGCACGAUCAUAAAACUGUUUUACCUGCUGAUUACAGAACACACCUGUACCUGUAUCACCUGUUUAUCCCACAGUCACAUGACCUGACAGGCUGUUAGCCUAGCUUAGCACUUACACUAAUCACAGAGGGAAAGUGCUAGCCUAGCUUAGCAUGUGUAUUUAGCUUUGAAGCUGUGCUUAUUCUAAGCUAUGCUAACAGUCCCGAUGUCCUGUCUGUAAAAUGAUUCAUGAACCCUGUGAUGAUGAUGAGUGUCACUUCCUGUCCGUGUAGUGGGCGGAGCCUUUGGAGAAUCAGCUGUUUAGUUUUGUGAUGAAAUAAAUAAACAUAAGUGACAUGAAGUGUUUGAAUCAUUUCCUGCUGCGAGUUCCUCUCAGGUGAAAGGUUGUCACAUGAGUGACAUCUUUGGGACCUGUGGGUGGAGUCCCAGG